AUGCCCACCUUGACUUCUGUCUGGUGGCCCGAGGACCGCGUCCAGACGACUAUCUGUUCUGAUUUUGUCUUCAAGCACCUUCCUCAAAGUACAUUGCCCCGCCUUGUUGCCCCCCUACCUUGGGGCGAGGGCCUGACGAGCGAGACCUACCUCGACUGGAUCCUUGCCAAAGCAGGAAGGCUGUUUCUUAUUCUACUUGAUAUUGGUAUUCCUGAACGAAUCUUUCACCUGGUUGAUGAAUCCUUUGACGACCAGGACCUCCCAAUUGCUGCUCAUAGUGUUGACCGGCUGCAGCUUUCUGCUCAGGAUCCAAAUUCUGAACUAGAUUCAAAGUUUUUCCUGGCCCAAUGGCGUUUUGUCGUCAGGGGCAUUGGCGAAGGCGAGCAUGUCAAGUAUACCGAUAACGAAGGCGUCCCUGUCGAAGUACUGGAUACGGGCACUGUAUUGGUGAGAGAGGGCGUUGAAAGGGUCGUCCUUGCUGGAGCAGCCUGCAAGAUCUAUUUGCGGACCCAAGUUACCAUCGGUGGCGCGCCACAUUUCUUCGACGAAGACGAAGUUCUCGAAGAGAUUCGAUCUAUGAGGAGAUUGGCCCAUGACCAUGUUUACUCCAUUUACGCAUCAUACUUUGCCGACAACACUAUUUGCAUCCUAUUCUCGGGAGUAUAUGAAAGAAACCUCAUGUCUUUCCUGGCCGAUACGCCUCAAUCCUUCAAAAGGCUCGCAAAAGAACGACGUCGAGAAAUAUUAAUCAAUUGGCCACACUGUCUUGGCCAUGGACUAUCCUGGUUGCAUGCCCAUGGCCAAGUUCAUGGCCUUAUUCGCCCAUCCAAUAUUCUAAUCGAUGCAGAUUUUCGAGUUUUCAUUGGUCAAUUCGAAGCCCUGGACACCUUACUUCCACCGGUAAAGGUGGAUGAUGUUGAGUCCUACCAAUAUGGCCCACCGGAAAGGUGGGUGCGCUCUAUCAGCGUCCAGAACAGCGGCCCUGCGAGCAGCACACUUCCAUCAGGAGGACGCUCCGGUCGUAAGGUGGGCGAACGUCCAGGGGCAUUGAACCUAACUCGCUUGAAGGGAUUGCGCAUAUCGGAUCCAGAGUCACUGAGCCCGCCUCCAGAGUCGGUUGCUUCUCAUGGCACUGUUAUUCAUGUUGGCCAGAGGGACCCGUCUUCUCGAUAUUCCAUGGGCCUUUCCUCUUCCUCGGGGUCAAGUAACGGGAGCAUCCGUCGGCGCGGCAUCUCGGUGAAACGCCCCAUACUCUACACUCCGUCUAUAACUCCAUCCAACUCUUCAGGGUCUUCGGAAGAGCGCGGGUCCAUGAUUUUCAACUCCGUUGGGGUGCCCACUGCGCAUAGCAGUGGUGGAGCAUUGGUCCAGACAUGGCAGUCUCGGCAAACCGAUCCUGAAGCAUCCGAUAUCUUUUCCCUCGGUGCAGUAUUUUUGGAUAUUUUUACAUGCUUGUGCAAGCGAAAAGUAUCAGCGUUCGCCAGCCACCGUGGCGCAAAGAAUCGCACAGCUGGCCGUGGUGGCGGCGUUGCAGAUUGUUCCUUCCACCUGGACCGGAACAUUGGCCAAGUGAGUUCGUGGAUUACUCUUCUUGAUAGCGACGCAAAGAAGCGCAAAGACCCCGUGUUCCAAGCUGUUCGACCAAUGCUUGCAAUGUCGCGAGACAUGGUCAGCAAAGACCCGGGGAAUCGGCCCUCUGCCUUCCAGGUAGAGCAGGUCACAAUCACCAUCUGCUUCUCCGAGAAGCGCAAGAAAAGACCAAAGCCAGAGAGAAGCCUACUUCCAAGACGAAAACGGCCUUUUAAGUCCAACGAUUCAAUCCACGCCAGGGGCAUAUUUAAGCUCUUCUGGAACCGAGUCUUCUACCAGCAGCGAAUCAGAUCACGAGCCCCGAAGAGCGAACUCCAAACAACCCAACCGGAAACAAAGCAAGAGAAAGUCGAGCAGAGCUGGUGGCAUGUCUUCAGAUAA